AAAGGGCUCGUAUGUGAGGCAAAGGAAAGACGUUUACUUUGAUGAUGGACAAAGGAAAAAGGACUGGCAUGAUAAAGAAGCUAUAAGGAGGGACUUGGCGCGCAUAGGAAAUGGAGAGCAGGGAAAACCUUACCCGAUGACUGAUGCAGAGCAAGUGGACCAAGCAUACAGGGAAAAUGGUUUUAAUAUCUUUGUGAGCGAUAAAAUUUCUCUUAAUCGCUCCCUUCCAGAUAUCAGGCACCCAAAGUGCAAUAACAAGCUGUAUCUGGAGAAGCUCCCAAACACCAGUGUGAUAAUCCCAUUCCACAAUGAAGGAUGGUCAUCUCUCCUCCGGACAGUGCACAGCAUCCUAAAUCGCUCCCCUCCUGAGCUGAUAGCAGAAAUUGUGCUGGUGGAUGACUUUAGUGACAGAGAACACUUGAAGAAACGUUUGGAAGACUACAUGGCCCAGUUCCCAAAUGUCCGAAUCCUGCGCACCAAGAAGAGAGAAGGGCUAAUAAGAACUCGAAUGCUGGGGGCCUCUGUGGCAAUAGGAGAUGUGAUCACAUUCUUGGAUUCUCACUGUGAGGCCAAUGUGAACUGGCUGCCACCUCUGCUAGACCGCAUUGCUCGGAACCGCAAGACCAUUGUGUGCCCAAUGAUUGACGUCAUUGAUCAUGACCACUUUGGAUAUGAGACCCAAGCUGGAGAUGCAAUGCGAGGGGCAUUUGACUGGGAGAUGUAUUACAAGCGGAUCCCUAUCCCUCCUGAAUUACAGAAACCUGAUCCUAGUGAUCCCUUUGAGUCUCCUGUAAUGGCUGGAGGAUUGUUUGCAGUCGAUAGAAAGUGGUUCUGGGAGCUGGGAGGGUAUGAUGCAGGUCUGGAGAUAUGGGGAGGAGAACAGUAUGAAAUAUCUUUUAAGGUGUGGAUGUGUGGGGGUCGCAUGGAGGACAUCCCUUGCUCCCGAGUGGGUCAUAUCUACAGGAAAUACGUUCCUUACAAGGUUCCAACAGGAGUCAGUCUGGCAAGGAACUUGAAGCGUGUGGCUGAAGUGUGGAUGGAUGAAUACGCAGAGCACAUUUACCAGCGUAGACCUGAGUACCGGCAUCUCUCCGCGGGGGAUGUGACUGCUCAGAAGGAACUUCGCAACAAUCUCAACUGCAAGAGUUUCAAAUGGUUCAUGAGUGAGGUAGCUUGGGAUUUGCCAAAAUUCUACCCACCAGUGGAGCCCCCAGCUGCUGCCUGGGGAGAGAUCCGUAAUAUGGGAACUGGUCUGUGUGCAGAUAUGAAACACGGAACUCUGGGCUCCCCACUCAGGCUGGAAACCUGUGCGAAAGGCAGAGGAGAGGCGGCUUGGAACAACGUACAGGUAUUCACCUUCAGCUGGAGGGAAGAUAUCCGUCCUGGGGACCCUCAGCACACAAAGAAGUUCUGUUUCGAUGCCAUUUCCCACAGCAGCCCUGUGACCCUCUAUGACUGUCACGGAAUGAAGGGGAAUCAGCUGUGGAGAUACAGGAAAGACAAGACUCUUUACCACCCAGUAAGCGGUAGCUGUAUGGACUGCAGCGAGAGUGACCGAAAGAUCUUUAUGAAUACCUGCAAUCCCUCUUCUCCAACACAGCAAUGGAUAUUUGAACACACAAACUCAACCGUCUUGGAAAAAUUUAACAGAAAUCUUGAUCUUUAAAGACUGCAAAUAUAUAUAUUUUACAGUUAUAGUUUUUACCGGGGAGGGUUACAAAAGAAAGUAAAAGAUUUUUUUUAAACAAACAAGGUAAAAGGGAGAAUCUCAGGAGAGGGUGUGACCAGCUGGCCAGUCUUUAUUUUGAAGAUGCUGCAUCUUUCUCUUUUUGGGGAUGAUGGAAUUCCAUGAGGCUUUACCCGAGUCACUUGCCUGUCAAGAUGGCAUCAGAAACUCUAUUUUUAAAGGAUUGUGAACCUGGUUCAACCUCCAUUUAGAUCACGUGUGGUACUGUCCCAGAUGCUAAAGCAUUCCCAAAUAGUCACUUUACCUCCCAGAAUCUAUCCAAGUAAAACCUGCACUCAAAAUUACCGUGCAAAGUCAACAUAACAGCACCUGACAAAUACACUGACUUCCAGUGCAUCUAAACUUAAAAUGCAAUAGAAAAAUUAAGUGUAUGUUUCUCUUCUGUGCACCAAACCAAAAUAUGCUUAAAGCAUCUUUGCCUCAUAAUGCCUUCCAAAGGAAUAGAUCUCUUAACAGAAAACAGUUUGAGUGAACUAAGGGCAGCUGAGACUAAUGCUUCAGUGAGAACAAGUCACUGGUAGAAAAAACCCAAUUUCAGGUCCAUGCACCUUGCUCUUAGCUACCCAUCGUUGGGUCUCUUCAAUAUGAAGGAAUAGAAAAAAGGUUUUCCAGUAACAUGACAGCCUGCAGCUAAAAUAAUUGUGGUGACUCUCGCCACAGGUUCUUCGAUGGCUAAUAUCACAAUGCACAGUCACUCAUAGUAUAGAGUGGCCUUAGGAUAGAAACAUUCCAAGGAUCCUCGCCAUAAAAUCUACUGCAUGGGAAAAUCUCCAGUUUCCCUCUAGAGACCUGGGACCAAAUACACUCUUAGCAUGAGCAGCUGCAAUGCCACUGAAGUUGAUGGAUUUGAGACUGCUACCCAGGGUUUAAUUUGGUCUGUGGUCUUCUGUGGCCAGCAGGCCAUCUGUCUGAGGUAACCUCAGGGUAAGCCUGUGCACAAGGCCAUUAUGCUCUCACAAAUGACUGCAUAGUUAUCCUUCUGCUAAGAUGCUGCAUAAAUCUACCAAACUAACCAUUUUCCUAUCAUCACCAGCUGCUUGGCUUGUCCACCUAUCCUUAUAGGCACUCUACAUGUGGCCAGCUCUGGGACUGUGAAGCAUGCAGCAGCGUGAGGGGCUGAAGUGACCAAAGCACUGUCUUGGGAAGAGCAGGCUGCUCUCGGGGUCUCCUAAGCAGCACAGUAAUGGAUCUCUGCUCCUGCAGUGGCAUGAAGCACCACACUUCAGGCAUCUUCCCUGCUGUGUAGCUCCUAAGUUUCACAAGAGAGCUUUGCUCUGAUCAGGUUCAAGAGGCCAAUGUGACAGCUGCCUUGUGUUCCAGGCCUCCCCUUGCUCACCGCAAGACAGUAGUUCAGCCUCUGCUGCUGCCUGCUCUCUGCACAUCCAGUGCUUAUCAGGUGACUUUGUCAUCUCCUAAUGAUGGUGCAGAAUUUGAUGCGGCUUUGCCGCAUAAAUCAGUGGGCUUGCUGCAUGGCGUGCCGAAUCUCAAAAGUAGUAAACCCAGACUUGACUUCUGUGAUGUUGCUCGUUGCAGCAUUGUUGCAAAUGAUUCACAUAGUCCUUUGAAGUCGAGCAUUGCUUCAUUUAGAGGGGUGGGAGGACAGAGACUUGAGUGCCCUUUGGGAUAGUCCAUAUUUUUUCUGUGAUCCCUACGUGAUGCCAGCAUACCACAGCAAGAGGAGUUGUACAAACUAGACCAAUGCUACACUGGGUUAACAUUCUUUGAUUAAAAUAUAAUUUUAUAUGUUCUAAA